CGAGAAUGGGAGUAGAGUCGAGCGUCUGACCCGUACACCUGGUCUCCCGGUCUCUCCUCACCUUGCUCUCGCGGCCCGCCCUCCCUCCAGCCUGCUCGCCGCCCAGAACAUCUUCCACCAUGGCCACCUCAGCAAGUUCUCACUUGAACAAAGGCAUCAAGCAGGUGUACAUGGCUUUGCCUCAGGGUGAGAAAGUCCAAGCCAUGUAUAUCUGGAUCGAUGGCACUGGAGAAGGUCUACGCUGCAAGACCCGUACCCUGGACUCUGAGCCCAAGUGUGUAGAAGAGUUACCCGAGUGGAAUUUUGACGGCUCCAGUACUUUCCAGUCUGAAGGCUCCAACAGUGACAUGUAUCUUAUCCCAGUGGCCAUGUUUCGGGACCCUUUCCGCAAGGACCCUAACAAGCUGGUGUUCUGUGAAGUCUUUAAGUACAACCGAAAACCUGCAGAAACCAAUUUAAGGAACACCUGUAAACGGAUAAUGGAUAUGGUGAGCAACCAGCACCCGUGGUUUGGAAUGGAGCAGGAAUACACCCUCAUGGGGACAGAUGGGCAUCCCUUUGGUUGGCCUUCCAAUGGCUUCCCUGGGCCCCAAGGUCCAUAUUACUGUGGUGUGGGAGCAGACAAAGCCUAUGGCAGGGAUAUCGUGGAGGCUCACUACCGGGCCUGCUUAUAUGCCGGCAUCAAGAUUGGGGGAACAAACGCCGAGGUCAUGCCUGCCCAGUGGGAGUUCCAGAUAGGACCCUGUGAAGGAAUCGACAUGGGGGAUCAUCUGUGGGUGGCCCGUUUCAUCCUACACCGUGUAUGUGAAGACUUUGGAGUGAUAGCGACCUUUGAUCCUAAGCCCAUCCCUGGGAACUGGAAUGGUGCGGGCUGCCAUACCAACUUUAGCACCAAGGCCAUGCGAGAAGAGAAUGGUCUAAAGUACAUUGAAGAGUCCAUCGAGCGGCUAAGCAAGAGACAUCAGUACCACAUCCGUGCCUACGAUCCCAAAGGGGGCCUGGACAAUGCCCGGCGCCUGACUGGAUUCCAUGAAACCUCCAACAUCAACGACUUUUCUGCUGGCGUGGCCAACCGUAGCGCCAGCAUCCGCAUUCCUCGGACUGUCGGCCAGGAGAAGAAGGGUUACUUUGAAGACCGCCGCCCCUCUGCCAACUGUGAUCCGUACUCGGUGACAGAAGCCCUCAUCCGCACGUGUCUGCUUAAUGAGACCGGCGAUGAGCCCUUCCAGUAUAAAAACUAAGUGGACUAGACUUCCAGCAUCAAACCCCUCCCAGUUCUUCAUCCCACUCCCACUUUUCCCCUCUCCCACUUGUUCCUAAUAGUUAUAACUCAAAGGGCAGAAUAUCAAGGUCUUUUUUAUUCC